AUGGCCACCAUGGAUGCGAAGAAGAUUUUGGAUAAUCCAAAAAUUACCUUUGUGCUAGGAAAAGAUUCUGCCUUUAGGGCACAAAUCUGUGAAAAGCUGGUUGAAGAGAAUAAGUACACACUAAUUUGCUCAGAAACGCUCCAGGAAAUUGAACUUAAGAAAUCUAAAAAGAAAAUUAACGAUGGGACUUUGGAGAUCAAUGCCUUGAUCUCUAAUCCAUCUAAGAACUAUCUCAUGAACGGAUUCCCUUGCACUGCAGAUCAGGCAAUCAACUUUGAACAGAAUGUUAGUGAGUGCCAGACUGUUCUGUACUUCCAAGAUAAGAAUGAGGGAGAAGAAGAGAAAGUUGAUCCUUCAACUGCAGCAAUUCAGGAAGUCAUAGAGAAAUAUCAACUUUUUGGAAAGGUGAGAGCUAUCGAUUCUAGUCAAGAUUUUGAUAAAGUGUAUAAAGAAGCUCAGAAAGCUCUCCUUCCAGAAGUUUUCUUCCUAAUUGGACAAAAAGCAGCUGGUAAAACAACCGUUGGAUCUUCAUUAGCAGAAAGGACAAAUAUGAUUCUCAUGCAGUUCAACGAAUUUGUUGCAAAGCAUAAGCUCAAGGGUGCUGACGAUGAGACAAUUACACUAGCCUUGAUCAAUAUAUUAAAGAAUGAAGUAUCUCCUAGAGUAUUGAUUGAGGAUUUCCCUCAAAACUUAGUUCAGGCCAAAUGUUUUAUUAAAAAUUGUAUUGAGCCUUCAAAAGUAUUCUACAGUAAAUGCAGUAAAGACACUUGCCAAGAGAGAAUGAUCACCUUGGGGGAAGAUCAUAGCGAUUAUGUUUCAUCUGCUAUUCUAUCAAAGAAGAUCAAAAAGUUCCAUGAUGAGGCUCCUUCUCUUAUCCCAUUCCUUCAAGAAACAACUGAGUUCCAUGAGAUCAAUUGUGAUCAGGAGCUACAGUUUGUCCAUCAGCAAGUAAGAGAUAUUAUUGAGCCAACAGUUAUCCAUAUCAGAGCUGGAUCCAAUAAUGAUUUAAAGAAACAAAUGAUCACAGAACUCGUUGAGAAGCAUGGUUUCAUAAAUCUUGAAGUCAGCAGUCUCAUUCGACUAGAAACAGAGAGGAGAACUCCUGUUGGAGAAGAGUUCUUACAAAUUGUUCAACAUGGAAAGAUCAUUCCAGCAGACAUGAUCGUCAGAAUGCUCAGGAAGAUCAUCUAUAGUGGUCAGAAGCAGAAUAAAUUUAUCCUUAAUGGGUUCCCAGAUGUCAUUGAGCAAGUGAAUGAAUUUGAAGCCAACUGUGCAAGGAUUAGUGCAGUCUUCCUCACAAGUGAGGCUGACAAGAACGUUGUUGAGAUCAAAAACAAUAAUCUAACACUUUUCAAUAUUGAUGCCUUGUUUCAGAAAGAAUUUAGACUCAAAAUAACUGAUAGCUGGGACUUUGGCAGAUUCAACGAGAUGCUUGGAUGAAAGACAGAUUAUAUCAUUGUAACUGGAACUUGGUGCUCUGGUAAGACAACAGUCUGCAAAUUCCUUGAGUCUACAUAUGGAUACACUAUUGUCAACUUAGAAGCAGCUAAAGAACGAGUGAUGAAGAAUCAUGAAAAUGAUGAAGAGCCACCAGAGAGCCCUCCUCCAAAUGAAGUAAUUGAAGAAUUAAAGGCAACUCUGGAUGAACUAAAGCAAAAUAAAGCUAAAAUUGUAUUCGAUACAUUUCCAGGAGCUACUCCAGAAGACUUCGAUGCAAUUCUUGAUCAUCUCGGAACUCCAGAUUAUAUCAUGAACAUCGAUGCAGACAUUGAAGAAAGGAAAAAGAGAUAUCUGGUCAAAACUGAAGCUGAAGAAUGGGGAGAAGGUCAAGAUGAAGAAACAUCUAAACUAGAAAACAACACUGAAGCUUUGGUUGCUCAUGCUAAAGCAAAAUAUGAAGGAGUAUCAGAAGAUAGAUUUAGAAUUCUUGAUUUUCAACUCUCUCCUGACAAUAUGCAAAGCCAAAUCAAUGAUGAGAUGUCUCCUAAGGUGAUCUUAGUGCAUCAUGACAAGAGGCUAUCUUCUGACACAACAUGUGCUAAUCUUGCUAUUAAAUACAACCUAAUUUACAUCAGUGUUUAUCAGUUAAUCAGGAAGCAUAUUGAAGAAAAGACUGAUUUAGGUUUGCAACUCCUCGCUACUAAGAAGCCAAGGGAGAUUAAGAUCAACUCGCAGACUAGGGAUGAAUUUGAGGAGGCUACUUACAGUGCUGUACACUUCGACCAGACAUUGGUAUUGAAAUUAGUCAAGCAAUCAGUCAAUGAAACUUUGACCAACCAGAAGUAUAUCCUUUUGGAAGGAAUGUGCAAUACCAACAUCCUUUCAAACCAGGAAGAUAUGCUAGAACUUACUCCAAUGAAUGAGCUGAUUGAUAUUGAGAGAGAAUUAGGAGAAAUUGUUGCUGUCUCAAGCCUUAGAUUCACUCAAGAGUCAACUGAGGAGGAAGAAGUUGAGUAUGAAAACUUCCCAGAACCACCUCCAGUAGAAGAGGUCAAGAAAGAAGGAGAGGGAGAAGGAGAUGCUCCUGAACCCGAGCCUGAACAAGAUGAAGGUGAAGGAGAUAAUAAAAAGGAAGAGUUUAAGGUUGAGGAUUAUCAAUGGACAAUUACUAAUAAGAAACCAAAGAAUCUAGUUCAAGUUUAUCUGCAAUUGAAAGGGAAAGAUGCAGUUCAUGAAAUCAAGAAUGCAGAGGAAUAUUCUAGCUCACAGUACGAAUCAAUUAGUAAAUCCCUUGAUGAGUUCAUCACAAGGGUUGUAGGAGGAGAUCUCAAAGGCAAGAACCCUAUAAUCCAAGUUGUUUUUAUGGAAUAA